GAAGGAUUCGUUUUUCCUCUCCGUCAGAAUUCAAUCAGACCACCAAAGAUCUCCUCGGUGCACAUUGUUGUAUUGCCAAGGUUCUUUGAAUUUCCAAGGUGUAUUUGCGCGAGAGGUUCGUGUAAGGGAUGCCCACCACCUCCUUAGUCGAGCAUUUGUCAUUCUCCAUUGUCUCUGAGUUAGCGAACGAUGAUCCCUUUUUGUCGAGUUAUCGCCACUUGCAAGAAGCGCGUCUUUCGCCAAUCAAGGAAUAAUAUGUCUUGCUUCUCGCGGGGAAGUCUUCCGUCGGCUCCCUGUUGAUCAAUCUGCACCAUGCGGACCGGCAUUAUAUGAUAUGAAUCUACUGCGCUCAUUAUGCACUCCUUACGCAGGUCCAAAACUUCCCUACUUGCCAGUAGAUAAUUAAAUCAGGAGAACUCGGAGCAGAAUAUCGAAAUUUCAAAUACGCAUUCUGGAUGUCGAGGAUUUCACGGAAAAUAGUAUUGUUACUGGCAUGUACCUACCCGUCGGAAAUACUGUCUUCGACUUCUACCUAGUAGAACCCCAUGAUAUCAAACGGAGGUAAACAAACUUAGAGGCUCUCUUGUUCCUGAACGUAUGAAUCCUAUUCUUUGGACAAUAGCACCAAUCAAAGGCUCGGGAUCUCACAGCCGGGUGUUGGCCGAUUCGGCACAAAGGGAUGAACGUGGCUGGCAAAGUUCGAGGCCUUACCUGCGGGCGUAUAACAACAAGUGGUUUGGUCCAAUGAGCUUCUAGAUUUUAAACCUGACAGAUCUGAUAUGGCUUUUGCCUUCAUACCAUUUGCAUAUGAUAACAUCAUGUUUAUGCAAAGAAUGAAUACCCAGCCAGUUUUUUUUCAGACGAGUAAACCCUGAAAAUAGUUUGAGUCCAGGGUUAUAAACAAGUCGUUGUCUCGUCAAUAUCUCUCGCAAGGAAGAUCAUUCAUCGAAGGGUUAAUCUUUCAAUCUAUUGCAACGAUUGAUGUUCGCCGCUUUUCUAGACUUGUUUCUCCGGGGAAACCGAUAGGAAUUCACCUUGCCUACAUUCCUCAUCAGCAAUGCGUGCUUCUAGCAACGAAUAUCUCGGCGACUGUCUUCCUAUCGAUAAUGAUAUGAUAGCGAUACAUCCACACAAUGAUUCGUGCAACGGCUGGUUACUGUCAUCAUCUACGAUGGUCAUCUCAAGGUCAGAUAUCGGGAAAGCUUGCGAUAGCUCCACAGCUACUUUCAAUAGUUGGUCAAAGGUUUACGAAAAUUCACCACAAGAAUCACAGUCACAAUGUCAGGUUUCAGCAAAAGGUUGGCAGCGACUUUCUCUAGUCGAAACAGACCCAGGGAUGAUGGAAGAUCUCUUCGAGGCAUCUGACUCUGAGUCUUUUACUGAUGAUGACCCGUCGUCAUUUUACUCAUCUUCAACAUCAAGUUAUCCUCCGGAGAAGGAAGAAGAAGUCUGGAAUCAGUAUUUUUACACAGAGUCAGAGUAUCUACCACCGCCUCCACCACCGCCGCCUGUACCUCAUCGUAACUAUUCACUGUUUCCCACCACAAUUCCACAAUCACCUCAUGGACACAAUCAACAUUCAACUCACAAGUCAUGGCCUACACAGGCUUGGCCUGAACGGCUCGACUCUCGUCCCAGUCGUUCUAACGGCCGCGCUCGUGCGCAAACUACACCUUCUCAGCCAAACACGCCAUCUAAUCUCAGUUUGUGCACAAGUAUCAAUAAUUCAGUCCCUGGAUCAUACUUUCCGGCAAGCUACCGUCAUACUCAUCCUCCUUUUCCCCACUACAACUCUUCGACGCCUCUAGUUUUGAAGUCCGAAUUCGAGACCGACUCCGACGAUGAAGAUGAGAACUCCCCAAGUAAAAUGGCAAAAGCCAUCGAGGAGAUGCUUGAAAAGUUCCGAUCGAAUGGAGGGGCCUCGAACAAGAAUGGGAGUGAAGAAAAAGCAAGAAGAUCGGGUGGAUUUAGGAGAAGUGCAAGUGAAGCCUGCGAGGCCGUCAAGGGGAUCUUCAGUAAGAAGUCCCACGUACCUCCUGAACGACGCCUUUCAUAAACUAUAACAAAAUGAACAUUUCUUUUGUACGAAUGGUAUUAUGGACAAUGAUUAAUGAUCAUGAUUUUGCGUUGGAAUGAGGUAUGAAAACUAACCUGGGCGGUUUAUAUAUUGGUACAUGUACUUUUCCUUUCAUCCACUUGGUCGGGCUAAAAAAAAGAAAGUGCUCACGGAAACAUUUAUGUUGGGUUAAAAGAAGUCUGACAAUUGGAGUAUUAUUGAUUUGUACCAAUCAGUUGAUGGGAAUGAUAUCUUCUAACGGCGCUUCUAAGGUGUAGAGGGUUAAUGGACAAAAUGGAGAUAUGAAGAAAAUGGGGAAUGGAGAAAUGAUGGAUAUGAUAUGACUUGAUGAGAGAGAUAAUGAACAAUAUUUUUAUUA